CCCAAACGGAAACACUCAGAGCGAGCUCGACUCAAUCUAUUUUCGGAAAACCAAGUUCAAAAUUCAACGAAAGCAACGAAAGUUCGAUAGUUUAAAUCCGUCGAUUUCCUCUGAGUGGCAGGCAGUAUGAAUCUCUGCAAAUGGCUUUGGCGACAUUGCGUUAAUUUUCUGUACAACAAUUACCCGUGCGUGGCCAUCUACAGCAGUGUGGGGGCCGUGGUGACGGCCUAUCUGCACUACCAGCUGCGCAUCCACAGCUUCGAUCUGAUGUACUGGAAGGACAUGGCGGAGACCUUUGCGCAGGAGAUCGACGGCUUUCAGCUGUCGCUGCUCCUCUGCAUAUUCCUGAUCAAUGCCAUCUUCGUGUUCAUUCUGCUGAGCGUCUAUCUGCGGCCGGCCAUGGAGCGAGAGGAUAGCGAGCUGACGCUGCUGGAGAUCAAGGAUCGCUACGCCCGCUACAUUCUACUGCGACUGAUUGCACGCCUUGACCGCAUCCAGAGCCGGCUGUCCGCCCGCCGGAAGUUCCUCUCCCUGCGUCACUAUGCACGCGCCCAUGGCAGCAUGGCCAAGGCGGUGGCCGUCUUCCGCAAGGACGCACGCAAACUCAUCCUGCCCAACGAGUCGGAGAUUAUGCUGCCCGUCGAGGAUAUCUACCAUGUGGCCGAGGAUGAUGAGCGACACCUGCGGCGCGCCGGCUACUACAAGCUGCUCAUCGACACCUCCGACGAGACCGUCAAGGGACUGUUCAACCCCAAAUAAAAGAGCAAAAGGUGUCUCACUCCGCUCCGCGCGUAUGUAAUAGCUUCGAUUUCGAUUUAAAGUUUAAGUAAAAUUCAGUCCAAAGCUGCUGCCUGUCAGCACCAGGACUCUGUGACUCUA